CGAGAAGUGCACGGAGAAUUUCACAUUACUGACACACUGAACUAAAAUCACUCCUCGGCUGGCUUGGUGUCUUUUGGACGGACUGCUGAAUCGGGUCAGUGAUCAUCAGGAGCUUCUGGCAUCAUGUUUGUGCACUUCGAAAAGAAAUGAAUCCUGUUAAUGAAACAUCGACUGAGGCUCAUGUGGAGAAAUGCGAUUACAUUUUCGCCGAUGAAACUUAUACACUCUUGACUUUUACUAUCGGAUCUAUAGGUGUGCUGGGAUUCUGUAAUAAUAUAAUCGUCAUUAUUCUUUACUUUAGAUUCAAGAGACUUCGAACACCAACUAAUCUACUGAUAGUGAAUAUAAGUGUGAGUGAUCUGCUCGUGUGCGUCACCGGUAUUAACUUCACGUUCGUCUCGUGCUUGAAGAGAGGAUGGAUCUUUAAUUCAGCCACAUGUGUUUGGGAUGGAUUCAGCAACAGCUUAUUCGGUAUCUUGUCCAUCAUGACUCUCUCUGGCUUGGCGUACGAGCGCUAUAUCCGUGUGGUACAUGCCAAGGUCGUUGACUUCCCCUGGGCCUGGAGGGCCAUCACACACAUCUGGCUGUACUCUUUAGCCUGGACCGGUGCUCCUCUGCUCGGGUGGAACCGCUACACGCUAGAGGUCCAUCAGCUGGGCUGCUCUCUCGACUGGGCUUCCAAAGACCCCAAUGAUGCUUCCUUCAUUCUCUUCUUUCUUCUUGGAUGUUUCUUCGUCCCUGUGGGCGUCAUGGCCUAUUGCUAUGGAAACGUCUUGUAUACAGUGCGAAUGCUGCGCUCUGUUCAGGACCUGCAGACCGUUCAGACGAUUAAAAUUCUGCGGUAUGAGAAAAAGGUGGCCGUGAUGUUUCUGAUGAUGAUCUCUUGUUUUCUGGUGUGCUGGACGCCCUACGCUGUGGUCUCAAUGCUGGAGGCGUUCGGCAGGAAGAGUAUCGUCUCUCCCACCGUUGCCAUCAUUCCAUCUUUCUUCGCCAAAUCCAGCACCGCUUACAGUCCCCUCAUCUGCGCUUUCAUGAGCCGAAAGUUUCGUAGAUGCAUGUUGGAGCUGUUGUGUUCUCGCCUGACCACCCUGCAGAAAAACAUUAAGGACCGUCCUCUGGCCCGCAUGGAACAUCCUGUACGCCCCAUUGUGAUGUCACAGAUCCGAGCUGACCGGCCCAAAAAGAGGGUGACCUUUAGCUCUUCUUCCAUCGUCUUUAUCAUCACCAACAACGAGGCUUAUCCUCUGGACAUCACCUCUGAAUAUCACGACGUACAGGAAAUAAACGUGAUUCAAGUCAGACCGCUUUGACACUUACUUCGAAUCUCAAUGUGGUGACAUUCAGGAACAGUGCUGCGAAGUUUGCGACAUGACAUAUGCAAGAUGAUUCUAAUAUGCAGACGAUAGAGCCAUUUUGUUAUGUGUUUUCAUACGCAUUGAAAAUAUUUGUUUAUCGUUGCAGCAGUGAUGCAACAUACGUUUUCAGCGGGUCCAUCGUGAGAAAUGACUUUGAGUUCUUUAUAAUCAAUAGUGUAACUUGUCUGUCUUUUUCGGAAAGUUCAACCUUCAUCCAUGGGGUGGUGAGAUAAUCCACAGUUUAGAUUGCACAAAACGUGCAGAGAAUACAUUAGUCGGUGUACUGAGAUAGAUAGGAACAGGGUGUUAGUACAAGGACUCUUGUUGAGGACAAUGAACUUCACCUGUCUGUCAGCUCCAGAGCGCCCCCUGCAGUACGAGUACUUGUGUCCCUAUAGGAAAAUAUUAGAGGCGUAACUCGUCCCACACUAUUUGUGCUACAUACAUGCAUACUUUAAAGGAAGGACCUGAGCCCUAUCUAGGGACAAGAAUAUCAUAGAUGGGGCUCUUUUUAACUGGACCAGAAAGUGAAUUACUGCACAUUCAUCCAAAACCCUGGCACGCACCCUUAAACAUUACUGAAUAAAACUCAUUAUUUGAGAUGAAAAAUGUCAUCUGG